GAUGGUCAUAAGCGGAUACGAGUAAUGUUUGUAGAGGUCGCUGCAUACUCACGUGAUGUACGAAUCAUCAAAACAACAUGGCGACUACAGAGCUGUCGUUUCUCUCCCAGGUCUUCCUCUCGUUAUGCAUAACGUAUGUGUGUAUUGCCACACAUGUCCAUCAGUUCGAGGUUGAUCUUAGACAUCUAACGCAGUCCGUGGAAUAUAAGAAGGCCAUCAGGAGCAGACGAGACCUCGCAGAUGCCGCGUGCCAAAGACAGGAGUCUAGCUUUUUGCAGGAAGUCAAUUCAGGAAAAGUUAAAUUAGAACAGAAGCAUUCGUUUGGAAACGAGUCUUACUACAGCCUAGCCUUAGCCUGGUGUGGAAACAAUGGGGAUUUACUGGUAGUAAUAACUCAAGAGGGUAAUGGCAUCGUUAGUCCAUCCAAGAUAUUUCAAAGCCCUAACUAUGGUGCCAAGUUUGAUGAUGUGACCAACAGGUUAGGAGGUGUUCCUAGGAUUCUACGACAUAACGGGGUGUUUAGAAACCCUCACAACACCAGGAAGGUGUAUUUAGUGGAUGUGGGUGACAAGUAUGGCUCCUCCCUCUACGUCACAGAGGAUGGGGGGGACACAUUUUUUAAAUUUGCGCUUCCUUUCCAACUGACGGGAGACAUUACCUUUUAUCCAAGGAAAGAGCACGAAGACUACCUAUUAGCUUCUUCAGCCAUACUUAGUACAAAGAUCAGCGGGGAUCACCUAAUGACUCUGUAUGCCAGCUUUAACAAUGGCAGAACAUGGAAGAAGGUGGAUUCCUAUAUACAGAACUAUAAAUGGGGCACAGAAGAAGAUGAUCCACAGACAGUCUACGCCACGAUCGACCUCGAGAAGACCCACCCCUUCCUGGCUUCCUUUGUCUCAGUUCAUUACGUUCUCCAGAAAUAUGUCUAUAAAAAGGAUGGGGCAUUAGUUAAACGGACCAAGAUUCUGGAACAUGUUGUGUCGUUUGGUCAUCAGGACAAGUUCCUCUACGCCUCAGUGUACUCGGAGCAAGUAAGAGGAAAUCGUUUGAUGAAGAUUUCAGCCGAUCUUGGUAAAUCUUGGAAUACAGCCCAGCUACCAACGAUCACUGGAGAUAGGUUUUACUCGGUGCUUGAUAUGAAUGAGAAGUUGGUGUUUAUGCAUGUAGAUAACCCUGGAGAUACCGGUCACGGCACACUCUACACGUCCGGCGUGUGGGGACUCGUGUACUCAGAGUCUCUCCAGAAACACCUGUACCCUAACUACGGGGAGGUGACCGACUUCUACCGCGUUGAGUCAAUGCGGGGCGUCUACAUCACUAGUCAGAUGUCCGAGGACGACAGCAUUCAUAGCAUGAUAACCUACAACCGGGGCGCCACGUGGCAGCCUCUCCCGCGACCCCAGGGUGCCAUGUGUAAGGACGAGAAAAAGCCCUGCCAUCUACAAAUCCAUGGUACCUACAGUAUACAGAGGGGUGUGUCUGCCAGCCUUCCCCUCAGCUCCAAGUCUGCUCCAGGGAUAGUCCUCGUCCAUGGUCACGUGGCGGAUGCUUUACAGACAACCCAGCCUGAUGUGUACGUCACAAGUGAUGGAGGAUACAGCUGGGCAAAGGCACUAGACGGUCCCCACAUGUACCAGAUAGCUGACAGUGGGGCUCUAUUAGUGGCCAUCUCUACGUCAGACCCCCAGCCGACGGUCAUUAAGUUCUCUGUGGAUGAGGGGCGAUGCUGGCACGAGUACAAAUUUAUACAGAACGCCUCAGAGGCCAUCAUACUUACUGGUCUACUGACUGAGCCUGAGAACCGAGCCAUGGUGGUGGGGGUGUGGGGGUACCACCCCACAAACAAGACCUGGACCGUGUUUGCCAUAGACUUUGCUAAGGCCAUUCCAAGGAAAUGUGGCCGUGAUGACUAUGAGGUGUGGAAGCCUCACUUUGAGCUGAGGAAGGCGGAGCAGGCGGGCGUUGGGGGCUGUCUCCUGGGGCUCAGGGAGGAGUUCAUGCGAAUCAAGAAGGACAACUGGUGCACCAACGGAUAUAACUAUACUAUAGAAAAGAAAGCCACUGAGUGCAUCUGUACCCGAGAAGAUUACGAAUGUGAUUAUGGUUUCCUGAGGGAGACUGGCUCUGAUAUAUGUAAGGAAGACCGGGCGUUCAGGAAGCCCCAGAUUGACAUUUGUCUGCGGGGUCACGAAGAGCAGAUAGUGACAGAGGGGUACAGGAAGAUCCCAGGGGACAAGUGUAAGGGAGGGUUCUCCCCCACCGGGCGGCAGAUUGAUAUGACCAUACAGUGCUCUGAAAACUCCAAAGAGCUUGUGAUAGAAGAAGUCUCGUUUCAGGAGACAAAAUCGAAGUCCAAUGGUAGCGUGGUGGCAGCAGUGCUGAUCAUUGUGGUGUUGUUAGUGGUGGUGAUGGGGGUGUUCUUGGUCCACAAGUUUAUCGUACUCAGGAGGCAUCGUGUAGUAUACAGAUAUUCUCUGCUGAAUCAGAAUGAUGCCGAUCGAUACGAUAAUGAGUUUGAGACGGCCAUAUCAGCGGCGUCUGGGACAGUCUACCACGAUUCUGACGAUGAUGAAGAACUGAACUCUCCAGCUGUGAAGAAAGACAAAAGAAGCUAUGGAUUAACGAAUGGAAUAAAGAAGGAGUCCCAUGGUACCCACGUAAAGUCUUAUCACGAUGACUCUGACGUGGACAUGCUGGAAUAGAUACAGAAGGAAAGAGAGAUCUGCGUCAACAUUCCUCAAUGACUUUCAAACUCAGGCCCAGGGGUUUCAAUGGAUAUAAAUUUUAUAUAUUCUGUAAACCUGUGUUAAAAUAUCAGACAGAGACCAAAAAAAAAGGAACAUGGAAACUAUAAAAAAAUUAUUUCCUGUCUUAACUGUUGCCUCGGAGACCAAGGAAAUGGAAUUCUGUUUCUUGGACAACAUUGUUUCCCAAAGAAUUACCAAAGUGGAUUCUCGGCAGAGUGAUAGACUCACCUGUAAUUUUGUCAACUAUCUGUGAUGUAGCAGGGAUCUCUACAAGUCUGGGCCAUCAAAGAUUUUCUUGUUCAUCUUUAGUUAUGUCUUGGUUUAAACAUUUGCAGAUGACUUUUCAAGUUAUCUCAAUCUUGAGGGCAAUCAGUUUGUUGGAUGUCCAUGGGUGUAAACAAUUUUAUUUAUAAGAAGUGCUAACCAGGAUUACUGUAAACCAACUUUUAAAGCGUGCGAGAAAUUUUCGCGAGGUUAGAGAGAGCCUUGUCGUCAUGAAUAUUUUUCACCGCGAACCAAUUCUUUGUCUAUAGUUUUAAUAACAAUACAGGUUUGGAUAAGGCUUGGUCGCGAACAUUAGUCAUCGCGAACCAGUUUAUGGGCAGUUAAUUGCGAAAUAAAGUCGCCGCAAAUAAAAAUUGGUUCACAGUAUAUGUUUGAUGGGAACUGUGGUCUCAUCCUUAUUUGUUGAAGAUUGAAUUUUUGUGGAUUUGAAAGAUGAGAUUUAUUGGUAGGAGUAUUGUCCAUACGCUUGUACCUACGUCUCCUUAAAAUGUUACUCAAUCCAUGAAAAUUAAUACCCACGGAUAUUAAUGAAACCACAUUAUUAAUACAUUUUUUCUUCUUUUGUGAUACAGUUGCUUUGAUUUAUGGGUUUCAGAUGGGGAUUUGUGUGUUGGAUAUGUCUUUAAUUUAUUCUGUUUGAGGUUAUGGAGGUUUCUUUUUAUAUUUACAUGUUAUAGAUUGCACAGGUGGUUGUUUUUUAUUUUCUGUAUCAUUAAUGUACUGGAUAUAAUAGUAGAUUACUUAGUGCACCACAUUUAUUGAGCAAUAAUAAGGGAACUUUAUUUUACGUAUGUUAUAUGUAAGGUUUCUGCUUCUUUGAGAACACUUGUAAUCAGAGUAUAGUUAUGUACAAUGUAAUACAGUGUAAUCCAUGUAUACUUACACACAGUGACACCUGUCUUGUACUAUGUGUAAUCUGGUCCCUGAAUAAUAUUACACCUGUGUGAAUAGAACACCUGUAUUGUAUUACUUAUCUCUAAAACUCUACAUUCCAUUAACUGCUCAAUCAUUGAUCACUCCCCUGUACAUUGAAUGUAGCAGUAUAGAGGUAUCAUUGUGAUCACUCCCCUGUACACUAAAUGUAGCAGUAAAGAGGGUCCCAGUCAUUUGUAUUAAGGUGAUCACUCCCCAUUACAUUGUUUGUAGGAGUGUGGAGGAUUUAGGUCACUGGUAAUCUUGUGUAGCCAUCUAAUUACUCUGUUGCUGGGGUUUGUGGUUCUGUGUUUAAUGUGGGAUCUCCUUGUUUACAUAUCUUGUUUUGUUUCUAGUUAUUUAUGUGCGUUUAAAUAUAUAUUUGUUUGCCCAGAGAUUGAUGACAAUACUGCAGUGGCGUGAUGUUUUGAUGUAAUUCAUUCCUGUUAUAUUACAUAUACCUAAUAAGAAGCAUAGCCAUUUUUUGUCCAUGGCCUGUUAUCAGUACUGGUACAUUGUCAUAGUUUAUUGGUACAGAGUAUUUUGUUUCAUGAAAUCCACUGAGACUGAAUCUGUCAGAUGAAGCUUUCACAUUAGUCAUUCAAUAUGACUUCUAACUUGACCAAAUUUGACUUUGUUUAUUGUCACUUGAUGAUUGUACUCAAUGUAGCUAAAUGUGUAUUUCUAUUUUUUUUUCUUUUAUACUGUUUCCAGAGAGAAAAUUGAUUAGAAUAGUUUAUAUUGAUAAUAAGAAAUUAAGAAUAAGAUUUUUAAUGUGUUAUUAACAAAAGAAUGCAAUUUUGUUUUUGCUAAAAAUAUUUUGCCAUCUUAAAUGUAUCCAAAUGGUUAAUUGGCAAUAAGCUAAUCUGGGAAUUUGUAAUGUUACUUUAUUUUUAUAAUUCAAAUUAUUUUGUUUUGUGAUUUUUCAUUUUUUGUAACUUACUUCAUUGGAAGUUUAACUAUGCAUAAUCUAUUCAGUCUUAAAUAUGUACAGAACAGUUAUGUACAGUGACGUUUGCAUGAUUGUGUGAAGAUUAAGAGGGCUGGGUGGCGGCCAUUUUUCAGACUUUAUUAUCUCCUUGAAAAGAAGAGCUUUAUAUAAAGAUGUAGGACAAUUCUCAAAUCUUAACAUCAUAUAAAUAGUGCCUGUUUUAGAGGGUAACAGUUGAAAUUGACACCCCGAAGAAACCAUUGUCAACCAACGUGAAGCGGAGGUUGACAACGGUUUUCGAGGGGUGUGAAUUUCAACAGUUACCUCCCAAACAGAAUCUAUUUAUUUUAUUAUACUGAAUGUCUUAAUUUUAAAGAACAUUUUACUGCUUUUAUACAAAAAUGAAGUGAAUUCUGUGGCGAACCGUAAGCGCAUAAUUUACUCGCAUUUAACAAUUCGUUGUGUUACCCGUUGCCAAGUGUGUUGCUAAUGCUGAGGGUAAUAGAAUGGAUUAUCAACUGCGUCUAAACCAAUCAGAUUUCAGUAUUUAACAUGAAAGUAUAAUAAAAGAUAUUUACAACUUGUCUUUACUUAAUACUUAUUAAUAUCAGCCAAAAAAUCACAGAUGAUAAUUUAAAUUAGAUCUGAUGAGUAGUUUGUAGAUGGCCAGCCUCUUUAAGAGAUCAAAGAAUUUUUAUGUGUGUGAAUAGAGAAUAUUUGUAUGUAUUUAUUUUUUAUUAUUUAUUUUCCUUUUAUUUUUGGUUACCAGGUAUAUUUUUCUGAAAUAGUUUUCUUCGACAUCAGUAUAUGGAUUAUAUUCCGACCCAAGAAUUGUACGUGUUCUUAGCAUCUGGGGCCAGUAGUCUUCUUUGAAUGUUUCCGUCUGACUCUGGCAUGAAACAAAAUUUUUAUUUGGAAUUUUGAAUCUUGUAAAUUAUAUGGGUCUUUCAUUGUUUAUCUCUGAGUAGAACAUACCGAGUAUUUGUGCUCUGAACAAGACAAGAAGAUUUAGUUUGGUUUUGAUUUGAAAUAAGAGAGAGAGGGGAGAAAGAAAUAGAGAAAUAGCACUGAUACAAAGAAAUCCAAGUUGUAUAAAUUCUCUCUAUUUACAAUGUUAUAAUGACCAUGCUGUUUAUUUUCUCAUUAUUUACUUGUUAAAUAAUAAAACAUGACCAAACC